AUGGAUACUAAAAUAAUUUUCUCAAUUGUAUCUCUAUUGUUCAUAAAUUUCUCUCUUGAUCAAGCACAGGCAGCUAUUUUUGAUAUAACAAAAUUUGGUGCAGCACCUGAUGGAAAAGCAGAUGCAAGUCAGAAUAUAAGGUUUAACUUCAUUACCAAAGGCUUAGUUCGUGACAUAACGUCUCUUAAUAGCAAGUACUUUCACGUCAAUGUAUUGGGAUGUGAUGACUUCACAGUUGAAGGCUUCAAAGUCAGUACACCUGAAGGUAGCCUUAAUACGGAUGGAAUUCAUAUUGGGCGAUCAAAGGGAGUGACUAUAUCUAAUGCCAAAAUAGGCACGGGUGAUGAUUGUAUCUCUAUUGGUGAUGGAACCGAAAAUCUAAAAAUCACAAAAGUGGCAUGUGGACCUGGUCAUGGCAUCAGCAUAGGGAGCUUGGGGAAGUAUGAGAAUGAAGAUCCUGUUUCCGAUUGCACCCUCACCGGUACAACUAAUGGUGUUAGAAUUAAAACUUGGCCUGUAAUGUUUCCUAAUACUGCAACUAAUAUUCAUUUCCAAGAUAUUACUAUGGAAAAUGUCUCCAAUCCUAUUAUUGUAGAUCAAAUGUAUUGUCCAUGGAACAAAUGCAAUAAAAAGGAACCAUCUAAAGUGAAGAUUAGUGAUGUUAGCUUCAAAAAUAUAAAGGGAACUUCUGCAACUGCUCUUACCGUUCAACUUAUAUGCAGCAGUGGAGUCCCAUGUGAAAAAGUGGAACUUGCGAACAUUGACUUGACAUAUAGUGGUCCUGAAGGCCCAGCAAAAUCUGAAUGCAUUGAUGUUAAGCCAACAAUUGUAGGGAAGAUUCCAGAGGGAUGCAAAUAG